AUGGACAAGUAUGAAAAGGUGAUGGAAAUUGGGAGAGGUGGAUUUGGAAGAGUCACCCUUGUCAAAUCCAAAGACGAUGGACACCAAUAUGUCAUCAAGAAGAUUGACCCAUCUGGAAUGUCAACUCAAAAGAGGCAGGAAGCUCAAAAAGAAGUUGCAGUCCUUUCCAACAUGAGUCAUCCCAACAUUGUCCAGUAUAAGGAGUCUUUUGAAGAGAGGGGCUGUCUGUGUAUAGUGAUGGACUACUGUGAGGGUGGAGACCUCAACAAGAAGAUCAACUCUCAGAAAGGAGAACAUUUCUCAGAAGAGCAAAUCCUGGACUGGUUUGUGCAGAUUUGUCUGGCACUAAAACACAUCCAUGAUAAAAAAAUCCUCCACAGGGACAUUAAACCAGAGAACAUAUUUUUGACAAAAUAUGGGACUGUGCAGCUUGGGGACUUUGGAAUUUCAAAGGUGCUAAACAGCACUGAAGAACUGGCAACAACAGGUAUAGGAACACCACUUUAUCUAUCACCAGAGAUCUGGGAGAGCAAACCAUACGACAACAAAAGUGAUAUUUGGGCCCUUGGCUGUGUCCUGCAUGAAAUGUGCACUCUUAAACCUGCAGAUUGCAGUAGGAUGGAUCUAGAACUGAAACUCAGCUGUGGCUCAUACCCUUCCGUGUCUGAUCACUACUCCAAAGAAGUGUGUUCCCUCUUGGCACAGCUGUUGAAAUGUGUCCCCACAAAGAGACCCUCAGUCAGCAGAAUACUGGACAAACCUUUCCUCUCCAACAGAAUACAGAGGCUCCUCACACCACAGGUGGAGAGAACAGGUCAGUCAAAGACUCUUAUGGUAUCUGAGGAGAAAAUACAAAAGAAGAGGCCUGAAGACGAGAAGAGGCAAGAAGAUAAAGGUAUGUAA